AUGGCCCUCAAUCAUACCAUAAAUGAGACCAACAAAGAAUACAUGAUUUUUGCUGACUCGCUAUCCAGUUUGAUGGCAAUAGAAAAUCAUAAAGCCAACAACCCACUAAUAACACAAAUUCAAAACUCUAUAAAUACAUAUAUGACAAUAAAUAACAACAAGAUAAAAUUUGUGUGGAUACCGAGCCACAUAGGAAUAGAAGGGAAUGAAAAGGCCGAUAAAGCUGCAAAUCUGGCUCAUUGCCUCCCUAUCUCAAACAUACCAAUACCAUACUCUGAUAUCAAGGUGAUAAUCAACCAAUACAUGGCAUCGAUGUGGCAACAAGAAUGGAGUGAAAGCAAAAGCUUUCUAAGGAAAUCAACGCCAAAAAUUGAACCUAAGGGAUCAAAGAUAACUGUUGAAAGAGGAUUCCAAACAGCAAUAAAUAGAAUCAAAAUUGGCCACACUAGAUUGACACAUACAUGGAUCCUUGAAAAAAAGACUUCUCCAAGGUGCGAAAUAUGUGGAACACAGCUCACAAUUUUCCAUAUAAUCAUAGAGUGCAAAAAAUACAACCAACCCAGAUCAGAAUUCAAUAUCCCAGCAAAUAUGCAGGAAAUUUUUUUAAAUCGGGAUAAUAUAAAUAAUUUAAUAGGGUAUAUUAUAAAAAUUGAACAAAUUAACAAAAUUUAA